UGUCGCGCCGUCUCCAAGCGGCCACUUUGAAAAUGUCUCCGCCGCUUUGCCGGGAGAGGCGAGCGGGGUCGGCGGUCGGCCCGGCCUGCCGAGCCGGCUUUGCGGGGGCGCCGCGCUAGAGACCUCGAUCCAGCCCUGCCCAUGCCCCGGCCCGGCCAGCAUGUGGCCUUUCCGCCUCCUGCUGGCCCUGCUGCUUGGCCCGGGACGCGCGCCGGGCGCUUGGGGAGCAGAGCGCAGAGCCGGGGAAGAGGCGGCGGGAGGCGGCGGGGAGCCGUGGUGCCCUUACAAGGUGCUGAGCGAGGAGGGCAGCCCGGGCCGGCUGUGCUUCCGCAGCCCGGCGCGGGGCUUCCAGUGCGCUCCGGAGCGUUGCACGGCUCACCGCUCGCCCGGCCGCGCCCUGCUGGCCAACGUGCUCCGCAACGGCAGCGUCCUGCUGCAGUGGGCCUCGCCGCCGGCCGAGCGGCUGCCGGCGCUGCGCGGCUUCGCGCUCUCCUGCUCGUGGGAAGGCGCCUACACGCGUUUCCAGUGCGACAGCGUGCGCCUGGGCACCGCCUGCCGGGAUUACUUGCUGGCCGACGCGCACGGCAGCGUCCGCUACCGCCUCUGCCUCCGGCCGCUCUUCGCCCCGGCCAACCGCAGCGGGGCCGAGGCACCGCCGCCGCCGCCCGCCGCCGAGUGCGUGGAGUUCACCGUGGAGCCGGCCGGCAUGCGGGACAUCGUGAUCGCCAUGACGGCUGUCGGGGGCUCCAUCUGCGUCAUGCUGGUGCUCAUCUGCCUCCUGGUGGCUUACCUGACCGAGAACCUCACGCCCGCCUCGGCCAAGCGGGGCAACUGAGCCGGCCGGCCGGCCUCGGCGGCGGAGUCCCUCCCCGGGGCGGCUCAGGGCUUCUUCCGCCGCUUUGGAUUUCGCCUCUGGCCCAGAUCCACCCACUCCCGGUUAAGUGUACGUUGGAUUGCAGUACUGACCGUCCGUUGAGUAGCCACGGCUACCUACCUAUUCAUGUGCACGUAGGAAUGUAAGAGACUGCGAAACGGGUGGAAACUCAUCCAGGAGAGAAGCAA